GAAAUUUCUCUCUUUUCGUGCCCAGCUCGUGCCAGUCAGUUGUGUUGUUGUUUCUUUGACAUAAAAAAAUCUGCAGGAGUUUUAUUUAUUUUUUUGGGGGAAAUUGGGAAAUGCAGGGAAAUGGCCUCCGGGGAGCCCGAGGAAUGCGACUGGGGGCGCUUCCACGAAUGGAUCCAUUGCUUUUGCAUUGUAACGUUUGAUCUGGAAUUGGGGCAGGCACUGGAGCUCGUGCAUCCGCCCCAGGUGGCGCUGUCGGAACGUGAACGAUCCAACAUUUGCUAUUUAGCCUUUCCGGAUAGCAAUUCGGGAUGUAUGGGGGAUACGGAGUAUCAUGUACGUCUCAGGGUGGCACCCGAUGGGGAUGGACCACGCCUCAGUCCUGCUCAUACCACAUACAAUGGUCACACGACUGAAUCCCAUCGUGCAGAUGCUGGACACCUCUGGGGAUUUGUCUAUUUCAGACAAACUCGUGCUCCUGACUUACCCCGUGGCUAUUUCCAGAAGAGCUUCAUGCUACUCACACGCCUGCCCUUUGUCUCUCUCUUCUCCCGCAUAGCCCAUCAAGUGGCCCCGUUGUUCUUUGAACAUGGCGCCAGGGUUCUCCAGGAGGCUGCCAUGGCCAUUAGUAAGUGGCCAUCAUUAGCCCAAGGAACACUACAGCUUCCCUUUCUCGGUCACAAAUUCUCCGUGACUGUUGGUGAGGGGGAGCCGGAUGCUCAUGAAGAUUCCGCGGAACGUAUAAUGAGUCUCCAUGAACCUGAAUCCCUGCAGGGGCUCAUUCCGCUUUUGCCACAUGUCCAACUUCUCUGGGAGCUUGUUAUCACAGGUGAACCAAUAGUGGUCAUGGCUUCAUCCCCGGCUGAUUGUUCACACCUUGUGCACUGCCUGAGCUCCAUUAUUGCCCCAAUGGGCUUCAGUGGGGAGACACGCCCGUAUUUCACGAUACACGAUUCGGAAUUCCGGGAAUUUACGCAGCGCCAGGGGCCCCCAGCUGUUAUUUUGGGUGUUACAAAUCCCUUUUUCGCCAAAACUCUCCAACAUUGGCCCCACACGAUUCGUCUCACGGGCACCCGUGCCCCCACGGUGGCCACAAGCUACCGCACGCAUCUGCAGCAACAGAAAUCUCUCACGCGACAGGUGUUGGGUCGUGCUGGACGGCCAUUGCCAAUACAAUCAGCAAUGCUUCGUAGGCAUUUGCUUGAGCUCACACAGAGCUUUAUUAUUCCACUUGAGCGGUACAUGGGGAGCCUCAUGCCGCUCAUGAGGGAUGUUUCACCAUUUGGAGCCCCACCGGCCCCCCAUCAUUUCCGCCAAGAAGAUUUCCUAGCCACAUUACCGCAUGCUGGACCACAACUCACGACAUCCCUCAAAGGUGACUGGGAGGGGCUCUACAGAAGAUUUUUCCGUUCUGGGAACUUCCGUGCAUGGCAUGAGCUACGUCACAGGCAGCUUACGCACGCUCUACAGGCGCUACAUCUGCAGGCGCUGGCGAGUGUGGAUCUAGGUGCAUGGAUGGAGGGUAAACAUGAGGUUGAGGUGGUGGAUAUGGUGCUAAAGUUGCGCCAGAAGAUAGCCGUCUGCAGUGAAGCAUCGCGACAGACGCGUGAUCGACUGGAGCACCAUUUACGCGACAUUGAGGAUAGACUUCCGGAAGAUUUGCGCCUUUUGCUACGUUCCGGAGCCUCCACCUGACCUUGUUGUGUGCCUUCCUGCAAUCUCGUCGCCCACUUGUACAAAGAAAAAAUCACUCAAUAGAUGCGUUUUCUACUCAAAAAAAUGUCUUUUAUUUAUUUUAUUUUAUUUUUUUUAAUCUUAAUUAAUUUUUAUUUAAUUCUGCAUUCAAAGUUGGGUAAAAAAUAAUUUCUGGACCAGAAAAAUCGUUUUAAUAUGAAAUAUGAAACUUACAGACAAAAA